UGCAUGAUAGAUACUUCCAUGUAUUGUUGCGGCCGACGUUGAGAAUGUAGAUUCCCGCCACUUCGAAGCUCCAUUUCUCUUUCUCCUGUAUGGGCAUCUCUCUCUCAACUGUCGACCAGUGCAUCUCGUCUCUCUCUCUCUCUCACACACACAAAACACAAAGCCGAGACUUCCUUUUGUCCUCUACCCUUUCUCACUCCAACCUACCUCGCAUCUCUCUCUCUGCUUUCCCCCAUUAAAAUUUGCUUUUCCUAUUUCUAGCCUUUCUCUAUUUAAAAUAUCUUAAAUCAUACCCCAUUCCAAUGAUCUCUCUGUCUACUUCUCCGUCUCCACUCUCUAAACCUUCUCAUCUUGCCACCCUUUCACCAAACCUAUCCCAAAGCACCCUUGCCACCUCUGUGAAAUUCCCAAUCUUUCACAUUAAAUAUCGUAAAUUUAGAUCGAGUUGCAGCUCCAAUUUAAUGGAUCAAUCCUCUUGCAUGGAUUAUGACCAAAAUAUGGGUGUUUUUGAAAAAGUUGCCAAUAAGGUUGCAGAUGCUGCCGGAGAAGUUAUCAGGGGCUAUUUUCGCAAGAGUUUCACAAUUCUUGACAAAGAUGAUUUGAGUCCUGUAACCAUUGCUGACAGAGCUGCUGAAGAAUCUAUGGUUUCGGUCAUCUUGGAAAAUUUCCCUUCUCAUGCCAUAUAUGGCGAGGAAAAUGGAUGGAGGUCUAGCGAGAGAACUGCAGAUUAUGUUUGGGUAUUAGAUCCCAUCGAUGGCACAAAAAGUUUCAUUACUGGGAAGCCCUUGUUUGGCACUUUGAUUGCUCUUUUGCACAAGGGAAAGCCUAUUAUGGGUAUAAUUGAUCAGCCUAUUUUAAGAGAAAGAUGGAUCGGGAUGAAAGGCCGGAAAACUACGUUGAAUGGAGAAGAAGUUUCCACGCGCCUCUGUAGCAAACUCUCUGAUGCGUACUUGUAUACUACUAGCCCCCAUCUGUUCAGUGGAGAUUCAGAAGAAGCUUUUGUCCGUGUUAGGAACAAGGUAAAGGUAGCGCUAUAUGGUUGUGACUGCUAUGCUUAUGCCCUUUUAGCGUCUGGGCAUGUUGAUCUUGUUAUUGAAUCUGGCCUCAAGCCCUAUGAUUUCCUUUCGCUUAUACCAGUAAUAGAAGGUGCUGGAGGAUUGAUAACUGAUUGGAAGGGACACGACCUCUAUUGGGAGGCCUCUCCAGACAUGCGUGUGACAGGCUACAAUGUUGUCGCAGCAGGUGAUCCACAACUUCAUCAGCAAACUCUGAAUGCCCUCCGAUGGAACUAAUAUCCUCAAUACUUUUACAUAUUUUCAUUUAUUUGGAGUAAAGGUGUAAGAGGAAAAAUAAAUAAUAAGAAAGACCACUCUUUUCACUCUUAUUCCCUUUCUUUGGUUUUGGUGUUGUAAUUUAGAGGUUGACAUAGGAAGUGUUGGGGUUGAAACAAAGAGCUCUGUGACUAAUCCAGAUGACCAUCCAUUUUCAGUUAGACUUUGUAUUUUGGGUAAUUUUACUCAGGUGUCUCGAGUGUACUGUAAAAACACUGGGCCAGAGAAAUUUACAUUUUAGGUUGACUUUUAGUUCA